UUUAAACUCUUCUCAGCCUCUCUCCUUGUGGUUGGAAUUCAAAAUGUGGUUAUCCACUUUCCCAACCGUUUCAGUCCCUUCCCCUCUAACUCCGCAGGAUUUCAAUUGGAUAAGGUGUCAAGUGAAGAGAAAUGUGAGAAAUCUUGAAUUUGCUAUCAGUUGUUCGGGCGGGGAUAAAGCUACUUCAAUUGGAUUUGAUGUGCCGUUCCCGAGGGACUACACUGAAUUACUUCAACAAGCUAAAGAAGCAUCUGAAUUGGCAUUGAAGGAUAACAGACAACUUAUGGAAAUUGAAUUUCCAACUGCUGGAUUGGGUUCUGUGCCAGGUGAUGGUGAGGGUGGAACAGAAAUGACUGGGAGUAUGCAACUAAUACGUGAGUUCUGUGAUCUCUUGGUUAUACCAGAGAAAGCCACAAGGACCAGAAUUUUUUUCCCAGAGGCUAAUGAGGUGAAAUUUGCAAGACAAUCAAUUUUCGGAGGAGCAUCUUUCAAGUUGGAUUAUUUGACAAAGCCUUCUUUUUUCGAGGAUUUCGGUUUCACCGAAAAGGUCAAGAUGGCUGACCGCGUCAAGCCAGAAGAUGAACUCUUUAUAGUUGCCUAUCCAUAUUUUAACGUCAAUGAGAUGCUUGUCGUGGAAGAGCUAUACAAAGCAGCAGUGUCGAACACUUCCAGGAAACUGAUUAUAUUCAAUGGAGAGCUUGAUCGAAUAAGAUCUGGUUAUUAUCCGUCAUUCUUCUAUCCAAAGCUGGUUGCACUUUCCAAGACUCUUUUCCCUAAGAUGGAAACAGUAUAUUAUAUUCACAAUUUUAAAGGACGAAAUGGAGGAGUCCUUUUUAGGUGCUACCCUGGUCCUUGGAAAGUUUUGCGAAGAGUAGGGAAUGCAUACAUCUGCCUGCAUCAACAGGAAUCAAUGCCAUCCUUGAAAGAAGUUGCUUUGGACAUCCUUCCAUCUGCAUGAUUCUUUUUUGUUUUUAAAUUACAUGGUGAGAAUGUUCACUCUGCCAUGUUUCUCCUGUAACUUGUGGGAUUUUUUUUUCUUCAUAUCUCUUUUCUUUUGUGGCCUAUGUUAUUACACAGGCAAAUAUUAAAGAUUUAGGGGAAUCUUACAGAUAUGUACCUGGUAAAAGACACUUUACCAAUAACUAGUCAUUUUAGUCAUGCUA